AUGCCGCCAACUAUUUCUUACGUAUUCGAAUCCAGCUCACUCCACUGUUAUUUCACAUCGAUUAUGGAUGCGGCAGGAAAUGAACACAUGCAUACGGCAAUUGAAGAGGCAUGCACAGGCGUAAAAAUAGGUGAUGGAGGUCCAUUCGGUGCUGUUAUCAUAAAAGAUGGCAAAGUUGUGGCUAGAGGGCAUAAUAUGGUAUUGGUCAACAAUGAUCCAACUGCCCAUGCUGAAGUAACCGCAAUCCGAUAUGCGUGCAAAAAUCUCGGCACCUUCAACCUAUCCGGUUGCACUUUGUACACAUCAUGUUAUCCUUGUCCAAUGUGUAUGGGCGCAUGUUUAUGGGCACGUUUAGAUGCGAUUUAUUAUGGAGCGUCAGCUGAACAGGCAGCAGCGAUCGGUUUCGACGAUAAAGCAUUCUAUGAUUUCCUUAAAAACCCAAAAUCAGAUCAAUUCCGGAAAUUGGAACAUCUACCCGCGAAAGAUUACCUUCGACCAUUUGAGAUGUGGACGAAAAAGAUGGAUAAAACUCCUUAUUGA